GAAACGACGGCUGAUCCAUCAUCCCUUUUGUUAAGACAGCCACCACCACCUCGUUCGUUCGUUCGUUCGUCGAGGCAAAUUUUUACAAACAAAGAGCGAAGAAGAAGAAAAAAAAAGAAAUCAUCGCCGUCAACUUUGGCUCUUGCGGACAAGUUUGAUUCCUCCGAUUUCUCUCAAAAGGAGGGAUUUUUUUUGUUUUUAUAAUCAUUUUAUUUCUCGGAUUCGAUUCGUCUCUCUGCUCUGCUCCUACGUCCUCAAUGAAUCUCUAGGACAAGAAUGGAGGCUCGUCCAGUUCAGAGAUCAGGUUCGAGAGACCUCAGUAGUAAUAACCUCGCCCGCACUUCUUCUAUUCCAUCAUCAUCUACACCAAAACCUUCAGCAGCAGAAGAUGUUUUUAUGAGAUCAGAAAACAACAACAACACUCAGUUAAUGUCGAGGCCUUUAGGACAAACCUACCAUUUGCUUUCUUCAAGUAACGGUGGAGCAGUUGGACAUAUCUGUUCUUCUUCGUCUUCAUCUGGUUUCUCUACUAAUCUCCAUUACUCAUCCAUGGUGUCUCAUGAGAAACAACAACACUACACUGGAAGCAGCACUGCGGCUGUGCAGACAUUGACCAACGAUAGUUCUUGGUGUCAUCAUGAUUCACUGCCAGGAGAGUUUCUUGAUUUUCCUGAAACCCACGCGGCGAUUCAGAACAGCAGUCAUGUUGAGGAUGGUGGCAUUGGUGCUGCGUUUGAUGACAUUCAAAAACGAAGUGACUGGCAUGAUUGGGCUGACCACUUGAUCACCGAUGAAGAUCCGUUGUUGUCUACUAACUGGAAUGAUCUCUUGCUUGAAACUAGUUCCAAUUCAGAUUCAAAGGACCAGAAAUCUCUGCAAAUUCCGCAACCUCAGGUUGUUCAGCAGCAACCUUCUCCAUCCGUGGAGUUACGACCUGUUAGCACAACAUCUUCGAACAGCAAUAACGGAACGGGCAAGGCUCGUAUGCGUUGGACUCCAGAGCUUCACGAGGCUUUUGUUGAGGCUGUCAACAGUCUUGGUGGCAGUGAAAGAGCUACUCCUAAAGGUGUACUGAAGAUAAUGAAAGUUGAAGGCUUGACUAUAUAUCAUGUCAAAAGCCAUUUGCAGAAAUAUAGGACAGCUAGAUAUCGGCCUGAGCCAUCAGAAACUGGUUCACCAGAGAAGAAGUUGACACCGCUUGAACAUAUAACAUCUCUUGAUUUGAAAGGUGGGAUAGGUAUUACGGAGGCUCUGCGUCUUCAGAUGGAAGUACAGAAGCAACUCCAUGAGCAGCUCGAGAUUCAAAGAAAUCUGCAACUCCGGAUAGAAGAACAAGGCAAGUACCUGCAAAUGAUGUUCGAGAAGCAAAACUCGGGUCUUACCAAAGGGACAGCCUCAACAUCAGAUUCUGCAGCCAAAUCUGAACAAGAAGACAAGAAAACUGCUGAUUCAAAGGAGCUCGCAGCAGAAGAAACCAGGGUUUGUGAGGAGCCAGAAGCUCCACAGGCAAAGCGCCCUAAAACCGACAAUUGAAAGAAUAUCUCGUGCUGGACAAAUUCAGAGUUCAACAGUGAGAGAGCUCUUGGUCUUGAGGUUCUUCAGGACUUCUCUCUCUUUACUGUUUGGACUAUUUUUCUGAUGGAAGACUCUCUCAACUCAGCUGUGUAGACAAACAACAGAUCCCCAAGGAAGAAACUAAAAUAAAGUAAAGAUUUAGUUUGGGAGAAUCUUCAACAUUCGAAUGUUAAUCUAAAUGCUCAACUCAUCAUUAGUUUUACCGAUACA